AUGACGACGUUUAUAACCAAAAAAGUUUUGAAUCUCAAUAAAUUUAUUAAUCAUGUGUACAAUUCUUCAAAACGAUUGUCUUCCCAUUUUAUUUAUCACCCAGAUAAUGAGAAACCAGUGGAAGGGAAUACCACAAAAAUGAACAUGAUGCAAGCAAUAAACAACGCCAUGGAUAUAACACUCAAAAAUGACCCAACAGCUGUGCUAUUUGGUGAAGAUGUAGGUUUUGGUGGAGUGUUCAGAUGUGCUCUAGGUUUACAGGAGAAGUAUGGCAGAGAUAGAGUUUUCAACACACCAUUAUGUGAACAAGGCAUUGCUGGGUUCGGUAUCGGGAUGGCCACAGCCGGAGCUACCGCCAUAGCCGAAAUACAGUUUGCUGAUUAUAUUUUUCCAGCUUUUGAUCAGUUAGUGAACGAAGCAGCCAAGUACCGCUACCGGUCAGGCGGUCAGUUCUCGUGCGGCGCGCUGACCGUGCGCUCGCCGUGCGGCGCCGUCGGCCACGGCGCCCUCUACCACUCGCAGAGCCCCGAGGCUUUCUUUGCUCACGCACCUGGGAUUAAGAUAGUAGUACCGAGGGGGGCCAUAACCGCCAAAGGUCUUUUGCUUUCAUGUAUACAAGACAGAGAUCCGUGCUUAUUUUUAGAACCUAAAAUCUUAUACCGUUCAGCGACUGAAGAAGUUCCAGUGGAUAGUUAUACUUUGCCUAUUGGUAAAGCGCAGAUUUUGAGAGAAGGUGACGCGGCGACGCUGGUAGCGUGGGGCACACAAGUGCACGUACUGUUGGAGGUGUCGCAGCUGGCGCGCGAGCAGCUCGGCGUGCGCUGCGAGGUCAUCGACCUCAUGUCCAUCGCGCCGUGGGAUGCGGAGACCGUCUGCAAUUCUGUGAAGAAAACAGGCAGAUUGUUGAUAGCCCACGAGGCGCCGCUCACGUCGGGCUUCGGUGCCGAGAUCGCCGCCACCGUGCAGGAGGAAUGUUUCUUGCACUUAGAGGCGCCCGUAGCGCGAGUCGCGGGCUGGGACGCUCCAUUCCCACAUGUCUUCGAGCCCUUCUACCUGCCCGACAAAUGGCGUUGCUUGGAAGCACUCGCACAGCUUGUUAAAUAU